AUGCCCUCCAGCGAGAGAAACGAGACUAUCUUCGGUUUGACCGAAAAGGAGGUCAAGUUCCUCCUCAUGAGUCUCAAGUGCGUAGAGGACCACAGCAACCGUCGCUUCAUGAACUGCGCGAAGCUUGCCAGACUCACGGGAUACACCGCUCCCCAAGCCUACCAACUCUACGUGGCCCACCUGAUGCCCAAGGUCAUGGCGCUACCUCCCAUCAACUUGAUCUGUGAUGACAACGACCAGAAGGACGCCAACACCACUAAGGCCAAUGUUGUGCGAGCCUCGACUUCUGCCGCCAAGAACAAUGGCAAGACUGGCACUGGCCAGGACAGCAAGAAGGAGGAGAAUAAGGCGGAGGAAGACUACAACGGCAUCAGUGACGGCAUGGAUGGUGUUGCCGGCGACCCAGAGGACGAGGAGGAGCUGGAGGCUCUCGGAAGUGCCUACGCCUGGGAUGUCUAG